AUGAUGCGCCAAAGUAUUAGACCCUUGCGGGCUUUCUCGUCCGAGGUGUCAUGGAUUGCCCGCCGAACACAGGCCUCACUGGCCAAACCAGAAGAUCUGGUCCCAAAUAAAGCGGAGGAGUCUCAAACAGAAAAGGCUCCUGAACGCCGAUAUCCUCGCUCCCUCCAAGCCCUACACCUCAAGCCUCUAAAGCGCGAGGCCGAGCACGGCAUCCCCUCGUGCGACCUCCAGCUCCGAUCAUACAGCGUCCAACCCCUCGAAUUCUUCUCCGACUUUGCCCUCCGCGCCGCCUACUACCUCGGCCUGCCCGCCUACGGCCCCGUGCCUCUCCCCCGCAUCACAGAGCGCUGGACCGUCCCCCGAGACAACUUCAUCUUCAAGAAGUCGCAAGAGAACUUUGAGCGAAAGACACUGCGACGACUUAUCCAGAUUCGCGACGGUAACCCCGAGACGGUGCAGCUGUGGCUCGCAUACCUGCGCAAGCACCAGCUCUACGGCGUGGGAAUGAAGGCCAACAUGUGGGAGUUUAGCGAGCUGAGCGUUGGGAAGAAGAUGGAUGCACUGCCGGAGGCGGAGAAGGGUGAGAUUGAUGCCAAGUGGUCGCAUCUUGGUCAAACAAAGACGAUUGGCACGGUGGAAAAGGUUGAGGAGUUGCUUAACCAGCGGAGGUUCCGUGAGGCUGCUGGCCUGAGGGCUCCUCCUACGACGAGCGUGUAA